UUUUGAACUGGCCAAUCAGAGGAGCAACGCCGCGCCUUUUAAAUUUGCAAGCUGGGGUUCGUUAUUUUCUCCCCACUCUUCUGACGAGUUGUGGACUCUGCACAUCAGAUUGGAUUAAUGUCUCACUUCAGGUUUGAGUGUGACAUGUCAAAUAUCCUAAAACUGGAUAUGCCUCUUGUAAAUCCUCAUGGAUCCAGGCUACAAUCAAAGUCUGGUUCAACUUCCCGUGCUGGCAAUGGAGCUACCACUGCUAAUACAAGUGGUUAUUCACCUUUGAAAUCUGGGUCGUUCAACACAACCAAAACACCUGCAAAAACCCCUGGAAAAAGUGGAAAUAAAAAACACCCAACUCCUGCCAAAGCAGGAGAAGAUCGCUACAUUCCAGCCAGAAGCAAUAAGCAAAUGGAAGUGGCAAGCUUCUUGUUAAGCAAAGAGAAUGAUCCCGAUGAUACUCCAACAAAAAAGGAUCGACAGAAAGCAUGGUCAGUCAAUCUUAAUGGUUAUGAUAUUGAAGAAGCAAAGAUUCUACAUUUAGGUGGAAAACCUUUGAAUGUUUCAGAAGGAUACCAGAACAGUCUUAAGGUUCUUUACAAUCAGAAAACUACUCCUGUUUCUGUCAAGAAAACUACAAGAUACAUUUCUUCUCUACCAGAAAAAAUUCUAGAUGCCCCUGAUAUCCGGAAUGAUUUUUAUCUGAAUCUUAUAGAUUGGAGCAGUCAGAAUUAUAUGGCUGUUGCUUUGCAUAACACGGUCUACCUCUGGAAUGCAGCAACAGGAGAAAUUGUUCUACUUGCACAGGGGGAGAGAGAAGAAGAUUAUAUUUGUUCGGUGUCUUGGCUGAAGGAAGGAAACUUUCUGGCUGUCGGUACUAGUGAUUGUAAGGUGCAGCUGUGGGAUGUUGUAGCACAGAAGCGGUUGCGCAAUAUGUCAGGCCAUAUUGCAAGAGUUGGGGCUCUCAGUUGGAAUAAUCAUAUACUAUCCAGUGGUUCCAGGUCUGGACAUAUUCACCAUCACGAUGUAAGGGUGGCUGAACAUCAUAUAGCAACAUUAAGUGGUCAUUCUCAGGAAGUGUGUGGCUUGAAGUGGUCUCCUGAUGGCAAAUAUCUGGCUAGCGGUGCUAAUGAUAACCUGGUAUAUGUAUGGCCAAAUGUUCAAGAAGGCAGAAGUUCCUCACACAUUCACUGUUUUACACAACACCAAGGUGCUGUCAAGGCUUUGGCUUGGUGCCCUUGGCAAGUAAAUGUACUUGCAACUGGAGGAGGAACUAGUGAUCGACAUAUUCGCACAUGGAAUGUUUCCUCUGGUGCUUGUUUGAGUUCUCUAGACACACAAUCACAGAUAUGUUCACUGGUGUUUGCACCAAAUUACAAGGAACUUGUGACUGGGCAUGGCUAUGCACAGAAUCAGCUAGUUAUUUGGAAGUAUCCAUCAUUGGUCAAGGUUACUGAAUUGAAAGGGCACCAUGGCAGAGUUCUGAACUUGGCACUAAGUCCCAAUGGCUCAACAGUUGCAUCUGCUGCUGCUGAUGAGACUCUACGCUUCUGGAAGUGUUUUGAGGUGGAUUCUGCAAAGAAGAAAGAAAAAGAGAGAGCAGCUACAAAGUCAGCAAGCAGCAUCUUGCAUCAGAGUAUUCGAUAAUGGACUGAUUUUUUUACGGGAUAUUUUGUAUAGUGAAGAUUUUAUGUAUAGUUUUAAUUUGAAUAAACUUAAACACUUGUCUCCAGGUUCUUUGCAUAUUUGCACUUGUGUUGGUGGUUAUCAUUUUAUGC